AAACUAACUAUCCUGUUUUAUUACCAGUGAAAAUGUAGAGUUUAAUAUCCCUCAGUCAAAAGUCGCGUCUUGUUUCUCAUGCUCUGCUGCCUUCAGGUGCUCCUCCUAAAUUACACCGACUGGACUGAGUCUGUUCAAGUUCCCAGUGAAAGCUAUUUUUCUAUUUCUUUUUCUUAUUAUUUUUAUUUUAGGCCUAAUCUUCCCUGUUUGACAUCGCGACUAUUUAACAUUAAAUUUGUUUGCUUCAGUCGCAGCUCCGAGUCCCCCCGGAGCAGCGUGUUUCAGUGCGCUAACACGGAGCUAACUCCCAAAAAAAAAAAAAAGGACCAAAACACAAACAGCCAGUUUGAGCUGAAGCUAUCCGAGCAGCGUGUCAAUAGAGAGACUUUGGACGAGGUCUGCCGGAGCGAAAAUCCCCUCUCGGAGGCACGAAAUGACUGAAGUCGAACGCGUAUUCUUUUCCCGAUGUUUCAGGCCGUACGCCGAGGCGCCAGCGAUACCUGUCUGCCGGGUGCAGCUGUUGUGAGUGAAAAUGAUUCACGGAGGCGUCCACCUGAGGCCGUGCCACCGCCGGGAGGGACAUCAGUGAGAGCAGCGCCGAGACUCUCUCAUUUAUCAAAUGGCAGCUAGCACCAGCGGCUUCAUGUCGGCGUCGUCUGGAUGGAGGAGACUCUGAAACGGCGUCAUGGCCAUGGAGAGCAGUGUGUCGAAUACCUGCAACUCCAGCUACAAUGUCACUUUCUUUUACAACUAUGUGGGUAAGAAGAUCAGUGUAUCGUGGACGACGCGGGACUUUGUGGUGAUCGGAGUGGGCUUGACGGUGUGUCUCAUCGUAGUGCUGGCCAACCUGAUGGUGAUGGUGGCGAUCUUCAUGAACCGCCGCUUCCACUUCCCCAUCUACUAUCUUCUGGGCAACAUGGCGGCAGCAGACCUGUUUGCCGGUAUUGCCUAUGCCAACCUGAUGUUGAACACCGGCCCCUGGACCAGGGCACUCACCAAGGAGCAGUGGUACAUCCGCGGAGCUCUGAUCGACAUCAGCCUGACGGCCUCCGUGGCCAACCUGCUGGCGGUCGCCGUGGAGCGCCACCAGACCAUCCUCACCAUGCAGCUGCACAGCAAGAUGUCGAAGCGUCGGGUGGUGCUGCUGAUAAUUUGCAUCUGGGCUGUGGGCAUCAUCAUGGGCCUGGUGCCCUCCAUGUUUUGGAACUGCGAGUGCCAGCUGGAAGACUGCUCCACCGUCGCUCCCCUCUAUAGCCGCCGUUUCCUCAUCUUCUGGGCGGUUCUAAACCUGCUCACUUUCUUCAUCAUGGUGGCUAUGUACACCCAUAUCUUCAUAUAUGUAAGAUACCAGAGCCAAUUCGCGUCCCAGCACACCUCGGAGAUGCAGCACAGGCAGACUAUUGUCAACCUGAUGAAAACUAUCUCCAUGGUUCUGGGUGCCUUUGUAAUCUGCUGGACACCGGGACUCAUGACUCUCUUGCUGGACGGGCUUCUGGGCAAAGUCAGCCGCGCAAAUGACUAUGAGAAGUUCUGUUUGGUGAUAGCUGAGUGCAACUCUCUGGUCAAUCCCAUCAUCUAUUCCCUGCGAGACGAUGAGAUGCGGAAGACGUUCAAGCAGAUCCUGUGCUGUCUAUGUUGGAGGGGUGACGAUCAGCAGAGGGAGCCUUCACCUGUUGAGAUUGACUCGCCAUUACAUGAGGAAAUUCUUGGCUGUGUCCAGAAGCCAGAAGAUCAGACCUUGUGUGUGCUUCAGGACACCAACAAUGAAGACAGUUGGACAAUGCCAAGGGUAUGAUGGCUGUACGCCUGCAAUUAAAAAAAAACAAACAAA